CAGACCACAUCAAUCAAGUACACCAUGUCGCUCUUCAGAUCAAAGCGCUUGGACCUGAGCGGGUUCAUCAACGGCCGUGUCAUCCGCGAUCACACCAAACGGAAGGUUUUCGAGCAGUACGAGCCUGAACGUCAAGCUCUCCGCUACAUUAUCCGCAACACCUCUCUUCCUCAGCGUACCCGUGCUCAGGCUCAAUUGCAGCUUUCCCAGAUGCACGCCUACACCCGACCUACUCAGAUCAAGAACCGCUGUGUGGCCGGCGGUAUCGCACGAAGUGUGAUUCGUGACUUCAGAAUUGCUAGAUACCAAUUCCGUCAACAGGCACUGGCUGGUGAGCUACCGGGUGUGAAGAAGGCCAGUUGGUAGUGUGUCCAUAUAUUGCGGGUUGUUCUUUUAUAUUCAUGGCUACUGGAUCGGCCGGUUUGCACGAGGGCGUUUACUUCCAUACUUUUUAAGAGAGAUGUACAAUAUAUCAACUGCCGGGUUUUAAUAGACGGUGCGUGCCAAAUGUUCUCCCCUGACGGUGUCUUUUGGGGGGGGGGGUUUUGUAUUGAGUGUGCAACGCUGCUUUUCAUACAUAAAAUGCUCGACUUGUAAGUACUACUUGUCUAUGUUCAGCGCAUGUCACAUGUCAAGAUUCUGUAACAUUCCCUGAGGCCAUAUACUAAGACAAAGACAAUAUCACCAAGUGACCACCGGCUAUAGCUAUGAGCAACUUGGGGACCGCUCUUGGGUAUACUUACUGAACCUGGUGCCUGAUUGUUCGCUUUGUGAAAACCAUGUGAAAGGAUUCACUUUUUAGAAUUGAAAGAUAUCUAUCUGUAUUUCGUUACCAAGAGCUAUGGAAUCUUAA